AAGAGCGAAUUUUUCAAAUCGAGAAGAGGCGCUCUUGUGAGCAACGGAGAAGUUUACCAACACAAACAAUGCAGAGAACAGGCAAAGGGAAGACUCCACGGAGGCCUGGCCAAAAAAAGGCAACCAACAUAGAGAAAGAUCCUGUUGGAGUAUAUUGCCGUAUACGUCCACUUGGAGCAGAAGAUGAGGAAUGUUGUGUUGAGAUGAUCAGUAGCUCCACAAUUCAGCUACAUGCUCCUGAUGGCCUUAAAGCCAACCGUAAUGGGGAAUACAAAGAGACACAGUACUCCUUUAAAAAAGUAUUUGGUAUUAAUACCACGCAAAUGGAGCUGUUUGAGGAUGUUGCCAAGCCACUGGUAGAUGAUCUUAUUCGUUGUAAGAAUGGUCUGCUAUUUACAUAUGGUGUUACUGGAAGCGGUAAGACCUUCACCAUGACCGGCUCACCUGGGGAAGGUGGACUCCUCCCCCGUUCUCUAGACAUGCUCUUCAACAGCAUCAGCCCCUUUCAGGCAAAAAGAUAUGUGUUUAAACCAGAUGACAAAAAUGGCAUGGAGAUCCAGGGUCAAGUUGAUGCUCUCCUGGAGAGACAGAAGCGAGACAGUCAGCAGUCAGUGCCUAAAACACCAUCCUCCAGACAGAAGGCUGACCCGGAAUUUGCGGAUAUGAUCAGCCCAGAGGAAGCAUGUAAAUCUGAGAAUGUGGAUGAAGACUGUUGUUACAGCGUUUUUGUGUCCUACAUUGAGGUUUACAAUAACUAUAUCUAUGAUCUCCUCGAAGAUGCUCCGUUUGACCCAAUCAGAUCAAAGUGGCUUGGUGGCGGCACGCCUGUACGGAACAAUGAGUUCAUACCACCUCAAUCUAAGAUUCUCCGUGAAGAUCAGAAUCAUAACAUGUAUGUGGCUGGCUGCACGGAAGUUGAAGUAAAAUCUACAGAGGAGGCUUUUGAAGUCUUUUGGAAGGGACAAAAGAAAAGGAGGAUAGCCAACACUCAACUCAAUCGUGAAUCCAGUCGCUCCCACAGUGUGUUCACAGUGAAGCUGGCCCAGGCACCACUUGAUGCUGAUGGGGACCACAUUCUACAGGACAAAAACCAGGUGAAUGUGAGCCAGCUGUGUCUGGUUGACUUGGCAGGCAGCGAGCGCACCAGCAGAACCAAAGCAGAGGGAAGCCGUCUCCGUGAAGCAGGUAAUAUUAACCAGUCCUUGAUGACACUGCGCACAUGUAUGGAAGUGUUGCGUGAAAACCAGAUGUGUGGAACUAAUAAGAUGGUGCCAUACAGGGACUCUAAAGUUACCCAUCUGUUUAAAAACUACUUUGAUGGAGAAGGAAAAGUCAGAAUGAUUGUGUGUGUCAAUCCAAAAGCUGAUGAUUAUGACGAAACUAUGCUGGUAAUGCGCUUUGCAGAGAUGACCCAGGAGGUGGAGGUGGCACGCCCCGUCGACCGCCCAAUCUGCGGCCUUGCUGCAGGACGCAGACACAGAAACCAGGCCUUCAGAGAUGAGCUGUCACGUCACCUGGAAGACCGAGGAGGCCCUAGUGAUGCAGUAGAUGACCCCAUUCUGCUGACUCAGCUUAUGGAAAGCCUUCCAGCCCUGCCUUCUUGUGAGCUGGUGGACCCAGCUGAUGAUCAGACGUUACCCCGCCUGAUUGAGGUCCUGGAACGGAGGCAACAUAUCCGUCAGAUGAUGACAGAGCAGUUACACAAAACUGCCAGUACACUAAAGUCCAUGCUUCAGCAGUUUGACGGUCAGCUCAGUGCAAAGGAGACCUACUUACAUGAUCAACAAAGCAAACUGUGCGAGAAAGACAAAGUCAUCACCAACCAGAGGACGGAGAUAGAACGAUUAGAGAAAAAAUCCACAACUUUGGAAUACAAGAUCGAUAUCCUGCAGAAGACAACAGAUAUGUAUGAGCAGGAUACGCGUUCACUUCGGCAGGAGCUGGAGACCCGGGAUCAAAAGCUCCAGAGAGAGCUGUCAGAGAGGAGGCGCAUGGAGCAGCGAAUGCAGGGCAUGGUGACAGACACCAAACUCAAGUGGGAGAAGGAGUGUGAGAGGCGAGUGAACGCCAAGCAGCUAGAAAUGCAAAACAAGUUGUGGGUAAAGGAUGAAAAGUUGAAGCAGCUCAAGGCCAUAGUGACUGAGAGCAGUGCCGGCAGCUGUCCCACUGAGCGUCCAGAGAAGCCUGAGAGGCCUUCAAGGGAGAGAGAUUGCAUCAUAGCUCAGAAGAGGUCCGCCUCACCGUCACCACGUCCUGACUUCAGCCAAACUCCUACUCACCAAAAUCGAGCCAGUAUUAGGGCAGUUCAGGACCCUUACCCCACCUCCACCUCCACCAUCUCCUCCUCUUCCUCCUCCUCCUUCUCUUCAGCGUAUCCUUCAGUAGCCUCCUGCAUCUCUGAUUGGGAGCAGAGGUUCCCUGUAGACUCAAACAGCCAAGCUAGGCACACGGGAACUCCGCAGUACAGGAGCCGGACUCCUGCCCUAUGCCACGGCACCAGCAGCGUGGGUCGCAGGAGAGGCCAGCGCUGGGCCCCAGACACCGAGGCCCCCGCUACGACUCUUGUCCAUGGGCUAGACCUUGAGGCAGGCACAAGGACGGCCCCUCCAGUUCGUCCAACGCACAGACGCUCACGUUCUGCGGGUGGGGAGAAAUGGGUAGACCACAAACCACCUUCUAAUUUGGACCUAGACACGGUCAUGCAGCCAAUCAUACCCAAUGCAAUCAAGGUGUCGACCCCGAACGAGAAAGCUCUGUCUAAAUGCCACAAGUAUGUGCUUAGACAUCAAGAGCUUGCCUCAGACGGGGAGAUCGAGACCAAAUUGAUCAAGGGCAAUGUUUUUAAGACCAGAGGCGGAGGACAAGCUGUGCAGUUCACCGACAUUGAGACACUAAAACAAGAGUGCCCAACAUCAUCAAGUCGCAAAAGGCGAUCUGGGUCUGCAGAAGGACCAGCUGAAAUGGAGGACAUAGAGAACAGGGCGCCGGUGACAAAUACAAGCUAUGGGUAUCAAAAACGCAGAAAGCCCUAAGUUGCUGUACAUAUGAGAGAACUUUUUACUUCUUGAAAACACAAAAGAUUUUGAACAGAACAGUGAGGGGACCGAAAUGUGGAACUAUGCAUCUUUUUGAGUGUCAGAGAAUUUUUCUAUUAUAUCUGAUCUUAUUACAAAUGAUUAGGGUGCAAUUAUAAUUUAAUCAUAGCUAUAGGCAAAUUGACAUUGAUUAAACAAUGUAUUUCAGUUGUAAUUUGCUGGACUAGUGUGCUUUUUCCUUUUUUUGAAUGCAGGAAUUAUUACUUCUUAAAAAGACAUGCACAUAUUAAUAUUCAGUGAUAAGUGUAACGUUUUUUUACCUAAUCUUUUUACUGCCUUUUACCCAAGUAAUAGAAUAAGCUUUAGAACAACGGAAAAUUUAAAUUUUUUUGUCACUUUUGUUACUUACUCUUGAGGGAUAAAUAAAGUAUUUAUCUAUCUACUUGAUAGUGUCAUUGAACAUAUGGCUGAUUACAAAAAUAGAGCACAGGAAGUAAGCUGUUAAGUAGGUUUGUUGAAAUCACUCUCUGACUAACUGUAAAUAAGUAUGCUUUUUACCUCCUGUUUAUUGAAACAACUCUUAAGAAGUGUAGCACACUGCUCUUUUGGUGACAUUAAAUUAGUUUGAACACUA